AAUGUGGAUUCUUCGUGUUUGUUCGAUGCUGCCAAGGCCGUUAACCGAGCGUCCGCCUCGCUUUCUGCGUGGAGAAAGAUAACGGCACGGUAUGUUAGUAUCGGAAUUCAUAACGGUUUCAAUUUGAUGUCGCCGCCGAAGCCGAUGCCUUCCUCAUCGCCGAUCAACUGCGUAGUGGUUACCUUCCUCCACUUCUUCUUCGUCGCCUCCUGCGUCGCCCUCCCUCGCGACGCCGAUCUAAAGACGCUUAAUGUUGGCAUAGAACUCAAAGCAGAAACCUUGCCGCUCCGCUCCGGUCGGCGCACUUAUGAGCUUCUUGGCCUCAGGAGAUCCUCGUCGUAUGAAGUCAAGAUAUCGUACCCGGCAUCUAUCCCCGCAAAAUUUUCCAUUCAGUUACAGAGGCCUAGGCUAGAACUUCGGUCCACGAAGAAUCGAAGAUUGCUGGAUACAGAGAAACUCAUUUUCAAGGCUGAUCAAGAGGAAUCUGUUUUUGUAAGUUUGACCGUUGAAAAUGGAGGUGUAAUUGCCAUGAAAAGUGUGCCAGAGCAAGAACUGGUCAUCUAUAACAUAGUUUGUGACGAGUUGAUGUUAGGGAUUCCACACGAUGCUUGGCGGGUUGGAAUAGCGGCUCUUCUCUGUUUGCUGCUUGGUGUGGUGUUAUCCAAAUUCCUUCCGCUGCUGAUAAACAAAGGCUUAGAAACAGAAGAUGCAGCAGCGGUGGCUAAAGAUUCAUGACUUAAUAAUCGAACACAGAGAACCUCUCCAAUUCAAAGCCAAAGGAACCAAGAAUAUUCAAAUAAAACCAAACUCAAUUGAGCAAAACCUUCAUCAUAUGAGCUCCUCACCAUCUAGAGAACCUCAUCUUCGUCAUUACAACUCAUCUCUUUGUUAAAAUCAGACAUUGUAUCUAAAUCUUUUAUUUUCUGUGGGAUACUAGUGCAUCAUAUUCUUUUCCCCUUUCUUGUGUUAUUUUUCAAGUAGUUCGUUCCUCUUACAUUCCAAUAGGCAUAGUUUUGUAAGAAUUUAUUAAAUUUUAGUAUGAAGCAUAUAAAUGGGCUAUUCUUUUGGUUAAA